AUGGCUUUUCAAACCUUCAAGGUGGUAAGCAACACUUCCGUAGAAUCCCUCCUGAUGCGGCCCCGCAUGUCUGGCCCGUCAAUGAUGGUGGCACGUGUGAUGUUAGGGCACGACUAUGAGCCCAGAAUGGGCUUGGGAAAGAAUAAUGAUGGCAUGGCCAACCUAGUGAACAUCAAGGAAAACCGUGGAAAUUUUGGGCUAGGCUAUAAGCCCACGCGGACUGAUGUGAGAAUAAGCGUCGUAGAAAGGAGGGUAUCCGACGACGAGUCCUGUGAAGGUACUAAUACCGAGGACCCUGCUGUCGAUUUUGAACGAGAAGUGAAUCGUCUUGAGGUUGAAGAAGAAGAAGUGUUCCCCGGUCAAGCAAAAGCUGUGGAGGAUGAAGCCAAAGAUGUCCCUAAAAUUAAAGAGGAACUGAAAAAGCAGUUCGAUGCUGGCUUCUUGGCAGUGGCUCGAUACCUGGAAUGGGUGGCUAACAUUGUGUCAGUCCCUAAGAAAGAUGGGAAGGUACGAAUGUGCGUGGAGUAUCGGGACCUAAAUCGAGCCAAUCCCAAGGAUAACUUCCCUUUGCCAAACAUCGAUGUCCAUAUAGAUAACACGACCAACUUCGCUUUGUUUUCCUUUAUGGAUGGGUUCUCGGGUUACAAUCAAAUAAAGAUGGUGCUGGAGGACAUGGAGAAGACUAUAUUUGUCACCUUGUGGGGGACGUUCUGCUAUAAGGUAAAGGCCAUCCUUGAGACGCCUGAGCUGCGCACCGAGAAACAAGUCUGGGGUUUCUUGGGGCAUUUGAACUACAUCGCAAGGUUCAUAGCACAGCUCACUGCUACCUGCGAGCCGCUUUUUAAACUCUUGCACAAGAACCAGUCUGUUCGCUGGAACAAUGACUGUCAAGAGGCAUUUGGAAGGAUCAAACAAUGCCUUAUGAACUCUUUGGUACAUAUGCCACUGAUGCCUGGGAGGCCUCUCAUCCUGUACAUGAUGAUGUUGGAUUAG